AUGAAAUAUCGAUACUUAUUUAAAGAAGAAAAACAGUUGGAAAGUGCACUUGAAGUUGAUAAAAAUGAAACUGACAAUAUUUAUGAAGAGUUAAUGAGUAUUGGGUUUGAUAGCUUGGAUGCAUCAAUAGCAAAAAAAUCACCUAUAGAUAUUAGUAAAGAUGUUGACGUUGAUGAUAUUGACGAUUUCUUGAGAUCACUUGACAAUGAACCACAAACUGCAAAACCAAGUAUAAAAAAUAUCGGUAAAAAGAAAAUCAACACAAUAGUUAAUAAUAAAGAUGACGAUGAAAAUUGGUUAGAUGAUAUUCUAAAGUGA